AUGGACAGUGAAUCGGAACGGCCCUUUGCGCAAAGCGGCAACGACGACUUGCCCCCCGUCGACGAUCUCCCUGUGAAGGAAUAUUUUAUCCUCAAGCAAGAGGUUAGCCUCACAGUGGACUUUCGCGACAGAUGCAUUCAUGGCACUACCGACGUAUUCCUCGUGACUUUUAACGAUAAGGUGGAGGAAGUUUUCCUUGACGCGGCACAAUGCGAAAUCGAUACGAACCGAAUCACCAUCGCCGAGAUGCGUGAAGUGAACGGCGAAGCGAUUGAGGGACAAAGGAGAAGGGCCGCAGCGGAAUACAACGACCCGUACAAGAAGCUCUCGCAGCCCCAGGGCUGGAACUGGAGAGUCGAACAUUACGAUCUGCGUCGCAUUCGCGCCCGGGGAGUUUUUCACACCCGAAAAUCGGACGUGCCCGCUGAAAAUAGAGAAUUUGAGGGGUGCACGCCGGCCUAUGGGUCACUGAAGGUGAAGCUGCGCGGCAGGGACGACAGAGAUCGCCCGAGGUUGAUCGUUAGGAAGUCAAUGUCGAAUCUUGACGCCCCGGACAAGUCGCACAAGCAAUACAAAAUCACCAUCCCCUUUGUUAACAGGAACCCUCGCGACGGACUGCAUUUCGUCGGAGUGGACUCUCUGGACAGCCGCUUCACGCACAUGUACACCCGACACUCGAUUCAGCCGGGCACCGCGAGCUGCAUCUUCCCCUGCGUCGACGACCACGGCUCGCGAUGUGACUGGCGCGUCUCGAUCAAGCACCCCCGGACCCUCGGAGACGCCUUGCAACAAGCGUUGGCGACUAAGAAGGAAUCCAACUCUCUCGAUCGGUCGUUCAAACUGGCUGAAGAAGACAAGCUUCGGGAAAUGUCUGUGGUGUGUUCGGGCUUUCUCGUGGAGGAGACGACAGACCCGGAUGACGAGUCCAUGAAAAUCAUGACGUUUGAACCGGAGAAGAAGGUGUCGGUACAAAAAUUAGGAUUUGCGGUUGGUCCGUUUGAACACAUCGACUUGUCUUCCGAAUUUCGAACAGAGGAGGACGAGGUCAAGCUUGGCAUGAGCGCUCUGAAAAUCCACGCCUAUUGCCUACCGGGAAGGGGAGACUGGGUGAGACACACCUCUGCGGCACUUACGAUGGCCGCAGACUUCCUCACCUACACGUUUGCCCGAUACCCAUUUUCCAACUUCAAGCUUUGCUUUGUCGACGAUUUGGUUGAUGAUACGGUGUCAUUGCACUCGCUAGCAUUCGCAAGCAAUCGCUUGCUAUACCCGGAAGACGUCAUUGAUACCGAAAUCGAGGUCACGAGGCAACUUGUCCUCACAUUAACAUCCCAAUGGAUUGGUAUCAACAUGAUACCCAACGCGCGGAGCGACCUGUGGCUUGUAGUGGGCAUGGCUUACUACAUGACCGAUUUGUUCAUGAAGCGCAUUUGUGGAAAUAACGAAUAUCGCUUCCGCAUGAAGACAAUGUCAGAUAAGCUUACCGAGCUCGAUGUUGGUCGUCCUUCCAUCUUUGAUCUCGGCGCCAACCUGCACCUUGAUGGUGGGGAAAUGAACUUCAUGACACUCAAGUCCCCUCUUGUUUUCUUCAUCCUGGAUAAGCGUAUGAACAAGGCAUCUGGUGGCCACGGACUGACCAGAGUGCUACAAAAGCUUCUGACGCGUGCGCAAAUAGAGGGCAGUGACAAGUCAAGCAUUUUGGACACGGAGAAAUUCAAGACGUUGUGUGAAAAGGGAUCUAGAUACCGUCUAGAAACCUUCUGGAACCAAUGGGUUUAUGGAUCCGGCUGUCCGAGAUUCGAUGUGAAGGCACGAUUCAACAAGAAGAGGCUUUGUGUCGAAUUGACAUUGAGUCAAGUUCAGCUCCACAAGGCAAAGAAACCGCAGCUUGAAAAAGACGACUUUUUGCGAGAAAUCAAGGAGCGACGAGCUGAAGUACCUCUUGGAGAUAUUCAACCGCUGUUUACCGGCCCCAUGACUGUACGAAUUCACGAGGCCGACGGAACCCCAUACGAGCACAUUCUGGAGAUUCGCGAGGAUGCUACAAGAGCCACAAAGUUCGAGAUCCCUUAUAAUACGAAAUAUAAGCGACUCAAGCGAACACGGCGAAUGAAGGAGAAGCAUGUUGGCCAAAACUUGGAAAUUGCGGAGAACAACGACGAUGCUUUGCUCUAUUGUCUCGGUGACGUGUUGCAAAGCCCCGAGGAUCAGCGCGACUGGGAGCUGAUUGACUGGGACCCCGAGACUGAGCGAAAAAUGGACCAGGAGUCUUAUGAAUGGAUCCGCUUGGAUGCCGAUUUCGAGUGGGCAUCUGACAUGACGCGGACUUUGGAGCCGUACAUGUACGUGUCGCAGCUGCAACAAGACAGGGAUGUUGUUGCACAGCAAGACGCCAUGCUCUACCUGGCCCAAGGUCCCCUUCAUCCGAUUGCCUCUGGUUUCCUAGUGCGAACACUUGUUGACCGGCGAUAUUUCCAUGGAAUUCGGACAAUGGCGGCUGCUGCCUUGACUCGACAGUCUAACAUCAAAGACAUUCCAUUAUUAGGAAUGCGUCAGCUCAUGCGAGCGUUCCGAGAAAUGUACUGCUACGAAAAUGUGAACCAGCCUCGCCCGAAUGACUUUACCGACAAGAAGCAAUACAAUGUUCGCUGUGCGAUUAUCAAGGCGAUUUCUGAGGUCCGCGACCACACCAACAAGUGUCCUAUGGAAGCGCGCCGCUUCAUUCUCGACCAACUUCGCUUAAACAACAAUGAGGGCAAUCCAUACUCGGACCACUUUUACAUUGCUUUCCUCGUUAAAUCGCUUUCUAUCUCGCUUGUUCCGUCCAAACAGGAUGACUGGCUCACUCGGCAAAAUAGGAUUCCCAACGAGGAGGAGAACGCGUUCCUGGAGGAAGCUCUGGAGCAAAUCGAACGAGUCCUGCGCCGUGACGAAUGGACCAACUCGUACCAAAAUACUUGGACGCUGGCAGGAUUAGAUGCAAAACAGCGUUUGAUGAAGGCGGAAGUGAUUCCCAAAAACUUUGUCGAUUUCGGACAGUACCUUUUGGAUGGAACUAGAGAUUUGAUCCGCAUUAAGUGCUUCGAAGCCUUGAUUGACCUUGGCGGGAUGAUGGACCCUACAUUCUUCAGUUUCAUGAUGUAUUCGUUCAUGACAGAUCGGUCUCCCUACGUCCGAUCAAAGCUGAUUGCCGCCCUUGCUCGGGGACUUGCUGCCAUCGCAUUUGGAGAGCACACAAAGGCCACCAAGGUUGAACCUUCUGCUGUUGAUGACGGGGAUGGCCUAUUGCUUGUACAAGACAGUGCACAAGAAAUCGAAGCGAGGAAAGAAAUGUUUGCUCGCAAGGAAAACUUGGACUCUGCCCUGAAAGCUUUGAGGAAGGAGAUGGAAGAGACUUAUGCAGCCGAUGAGAGGCAUUUCAGCACGGCCAUGCGCAGAGCCCUGGACCACCCGGACCUAGGUCGGAUGGAGGUGGAGAAUCUUCUGGACCUGGCUUCCAUGAUGUUUGAGGAGGCGCAGAGCUGGGUUCUGACCCUGACUCUGCCCAAGCGCUGGAAGGCGGAGCGACCGGUUCAGCAACUUACGAACCGCCUGCUUGUCAACUUCAAGUCUUACUACAAGAUUAAGCCAAACGUCUCGCUUCCAGCCGUGGUAGCAGCGCCGAUUCCAGCGCCGAUUCUAAACGGCGGGGCUGAUGCCAAGAAGCUCGCCAGGACUCCGUCCAUCAAGAUCAGCACCAAGCCGUCCAUUUCUAGUCUCCCAAGGCAAUCGUCUAAGCCACCGCUUGUUCUGGAUAGCAUCACUGCUAUCAGCCAACCUCGAGCAAAUGGGUCGCCGGCGUCUACCCCGAUCCCGGUUGCCAAGCGACCCCGGCCAGACAAGGAAGAGCAUGCGCCACCUGCGCCUAAACGCCCCAAGACGGGCAUACCCGGGGGGGCCAAGGGGGUUUGGAAAAAGAGCCGAAUAGUCACUCUCAAGACCUCGAACCCCAAGAGACUGGCCGUUAUCUUGGGCAAGUCUUUGUCCCCUAGCCCGGCUCCGGCCCCGGUCAGGACAGCUCUGCCGGGAAGUUCGCGACCCGAGUCAUCCGCCGAGAGCACUCCUCUCAAGAUUCGCAAGCCGCUCCCUUCAGGCGACGUUGUUCGACGACCUCUGCCCACGAGCAACGCCGCAUCCCUGCAGACGCCUGCGCCGAAGCCCAAGAUCAGUGUCAGCACAGGUUCCACGCCGGCUGCUGUGAGGGCGGUUUCCACACCAGUCGCCGCCUCGGUAGGUGCGGGAAGAAGCCCCGCGCCGGAGACGCCAUCAAGCGCGGUAUCGUCGCGGCCCAAGAUCAAAAUCAUUCGAAAGCCACAGCCCCCGCCGGCGGCGUAG